GGCCCAGGCGCGUGCAGGACCCAGGGCUCGGCGCGCGCGGGCAGGACCGGGUAGGACACCGGGCCCGGUCAGGCUUCUUGUACCAGGCUGCUCCUGCCUUUUCUUCCGGGAUCCGGACAGACCAUUCCAUGGUGCCUCUUGCCCAACCCAGGGACAGCUGGAACAAGAAGGUUCUGAAGUCAAGGGUUUGCCAAAGAGAAUUUCCACACAUCCCCACCAGUGGUCCGUCUCAGACGUUCGGGAUAGGGUUUGCUGAUCCACUUCACCUCAGACCAUGGCUCACCGAGGCCUGCCCCUUUACCUGGCCACCCUCUUGACCGGGCUGUUGGAAUGUAUCGGUUUUGCCGGUGUCCUCUUUGGCUGGACUUCACUGUUGUUUGUGUUCAAAAAAGAAAAGUACUUUGAAAGGUCCUGUGGCCAGGACUGCUGGCAUUGGAGCAAUGCAACAGAGCCCCCUGACUCCAAAUCUCAGGAUGAGAAGUUCUCACUCAUCUUCACCCUGGCAUCCUUCAUGAACAACUUCAUGACCUUUCCCACGGGCUACAUCUUUGACCGCUUCAAGACUACCGUGGCCCGCCUUAUAGCCAUAUUUUUCUACACCUGUGCCACACUCAUCAUCGCCUUCACCUCGGCAGAGUCAGCCAUGCUGCUCUUCCUGGCCAUGCCCAUGCUCGCUGUGGGAGGAAUCCUGUUUCUCAUCACCAACCUGCAGAUUGGGAAUCUUUUUGGCAAACACCGUUCAACCAUCAUCACCCUCUACAACGGAGCGUUUGACUCCUCCUCAGCAGUCUUCCUCAUCAUUAAGCUUCUUUACGAGCGGGGCGUCAGCCUCAGGGCUUCCUUCCUCUUCCUGUCUGUGUGCAGUGCCUGGCACGUUGGGCGGACUUUCCUCCUGAUGCCCCGGGGACACAUCCCCUUCCCACUUCCCCCCAGCUACAGCUAUGGCUUGUGCUCCAGGUUUGGUGCCAGAAAGGAAGAGAAGAAAGUGGCUGAGCAUGGAAUCAAGGAGCUGCAGUCAAAGGAAUUUCUUUCACCAAAGGAAGCAGAGAACUCUGGGCCGGAGCAGCAGCAGCAGCCUCAGCACACGGCCUCUUUUCGAAGCUGCGUGCUCUCUCGCCGAUUCUUCUUGCACGUGCUGUGGCUGUCUGUCAUACAGCUCUGGCAUUACCUGUUCAUUGGCACGCUCAACUCUCUCCUCACCACCCUGGCUGGCGGGAACAGUGUGCAAGUCAGUACGUUCACAAACGCCUUUGCCAUCACCCAGUUUUUUGGGGUGCUGUGUGCCCCCUGGAACGGCUUACUCAUGGACUGCCUUAAACAGAAAUAUCAGAAGGAAGCCAAAAAGACAGGCUCCUCCUUCGAGGCCGCAGCUCUCUGCUCCACAGUGCCUUCGUUGGCCCUGACGUCCCUGCUGUGCCUGGGCUUUCUCUUGUGUGCCUCCAUUCCUGUCAUCCAGCUGCUGUAUGCCACCUUCAUCCUGCAAGUGAUCAACCGCUCCUUCCUCUACGGGUGCAACGCUGCCUUCCUCACGAUGGCUUUCCCUGCAGAGCAUUUUGGAAAGCUCUUUGGGCUGGUGAUGGCCUUGUCAGCCGUCGUGUCUCUGCUACAGUUUCCUCUGUUCAAAGUCUCCCCACAGAGCACCGCUGUAUAUGUGUCGAUGGGACUUGCCAUUUUCCUGACUUUGGCCCAUCCCUUCCUGGUGUACCGUGAGUGCCGUGCUGAGAGGACAAAAUCAUCCAUGAUCUCCCAGCCCAGAAGCCCUGCCCUCUAACCUUAAAGAUGCCUUUCCUGAUCAUUGCUCGCCUUUGACUGUCCGGUGUCCACAACGACUUUGCCCAUCCAGGAGAACUGUAGCAGGCAGACAUACCUUAAACAAACAAACAAGGCAUUUAACCGCCAUCCAGGACCUUUGUUCAUCAAGAAUGGAAUUUCAGUGGCUUGUCUUCACGCUGAGCCAAAGCGAAGCCUCUUGUAAAUUCUUCGUUUGGGAGCAGAAGUGACUCCCUACACAGCCUCAGCAGAGCUCACCGAAAGGGAGGGAGAUGUCAUAAAGUCACGCUGUCCUAAAGGGCUUGCGAAACAGCUGACUGCUUAGCCAGAAAGAUUUUGGACAUUCUUCGCUAUCGCCUGUGUGUGUCUCCUCUUCAGGAAGAGGGAGAUUUAUUGACUUAGGGCAUUAUAUAUAUGUAUGUAUGUAUAUAUAUGUGUAUAUAUAUAUAUAUAUAUAUAUUAAUGUCUCGGGGCUGGAGAGGUAGACUAGCUCUUAGGAGCACUAACUGCUCUUCCAGAGGGCCUGGGUUUGAUAUCUCGCACCCAAAUGGUGGUUCAUAAACUAACUCUCCCUCCAUGGGCACUGCGUGCUUGUGCACAGACACAUAUGCAGACAAAACAUCCAUACACAUGAACUAAAUAAUUUUCUAGGGAAUCAUUUUAUACAAUAAUAAAGUCUGUAUUUAAGGCAA